GGAACAGGAACUAUUGAGAGUGGUCUCGAUCUGGUAGGAUUGUUUUGAAGGAUGCACACCCCUCAGCGGAAGUCGUCUGGAACCAUGCUGAGUGUUUACACCCUCACAGAUCUCAGAUGAAGGAGAUCGUGUGAUCGCUGUGUUGUGGAGCAGGGUCCUCGCAGGUUGUUGGACGUCACAGUCUCCAGUCAUGAAACUGAAAGAGCUGGAGAGUUGUCUUCAGCAGGUGGACGUGUUUGACGAACCAAAAAUCCUUCUCGAGCAGUAUCCAACCAGUCCUCAUAUUGCAGCAUGCAUGCUUUACACUAUCCAGAACACAUUUGAGGACAUUGAGGGCAGACUGGUGGCAGAUCUGGGAUGUGGCUGUGGUGUCCUCAGCAUCGGAGCUGCGAUGCUUGAUGCAGGUUUGUGCGUUGGCUUCGACAUUGACAAGGACGCACUGGACAUAUUCAGAACAAAUGCAGAGGAAUUUGAGAUUUCCAACGUGGAUCUGGUCCAGUGUGACCUCUGCUCUCUGGACCCAGAUACUUAUGCUAAAAAAUUUGACACAGUAAUAAUGAACCCACCGUUUGGGACAAAACAUAACCAAGUUCCAGAUGACCUCAGUCCAGAGGAGAGACAGGAGCUGGAGUGCAUCCGCCGCAAAAAACAAGAGCUGCUGCAGGACAUACAAGUCGACAUCCAGGUGGAUUUCCUACGAUUCUCCAAAGCCUGA